GAUGCCGAGAGAACGAGAAACAAACGGCAGAGAAUCGCGCCUCUAGGCGCUCGACCAAUCAGCGGUCGCCGUUAGUUUUUUGAACCGGCUUGUCCAGAUGGCGUUGCGGCCACAGAGACGUCUCGGAUCACGCUGGAACGUGUUUGUAGCGCGUUGUUCGAUAUUUUUGCGAGUAGUUUUAUAGAGUUCGUUGUUGUUAAAUUAAGAGGAAAAAUGUCCGUUCAACGAUUCGAGAGGCAAGGGCCACCGUCGUUUUAUUUCCCGAAUACGAAGCUGAAAAACAUCUCCUGUGUUCAUUGUAAACGUCAGUUCUUUCUCAAAGAUAUUACUAAUGUGCGUGGAAAUCAAGUGCCGUUGUUACUACCUUGUGGACAUGCAGCGUGCGAAGGCUGUGCACGGUUAAAUCCUGGUAGAUCCUGUGCAUUGUGUAAGACUGAAUUGACACCGGAUUUUGACCUAAAAAUCAAAUUACCGGUAAACAUAUACCUACUUGGAUUAAUCAAUGUCAGUCAAACACGGCCAGCACAUGCAGACGAUCCAGAUAUAGCAUUCUGUCUGCCUGGUGGCUCUAAGCUUCGACCGUUCAAUGAGCAAGGAUAUUGUUCCGAGUGUGGAAUAGCCGCAACCAUGCGAUGUCAGCAGUGCAAUGUACUAUUCUGUAACGCAUGUUAUUCUAAGAUUCAUGGCAGGGCAUUACAAAAUCAUCGAAAGAUAUUUUUAUCAGAGGUAGCAAAUAGUAUGUCGACUACUUUGAUAAGCUAUUGCGCUGCACAUAACAAAGAAGCGUUGGAAUAUCUUUGUGAAGAAUGUGACAUUGCCGGUUGUUCUCAUUGUAUGUUGCAAAGUCAUCAGGGACAUAAAAUGGUUCAGCAGAAAGUUAAGAACGAUGAAUUGCUGUCAGAGUUCUUCAUGGUGUACGACAGGGUAGCCGAGAAUCUGCAGCGAGUUCAUCAGACCCAAAAGAAACUUAAGAAGACCAUGAUCUUCCCCGAGCAGCUGCAAAACAGCGAAGCCGUCGAAGCAUCGAUCAAUCAGCACUUCACUUACCUGCACGGAGUCCUGCAAAAUGUCGAGAAACAGCUGAUCGAUAAGCUAUACGAUCAACGGACCAACCUGAAGAGCAACCUCGAGGACAUAGAAAGACAGAUCAAAAUCCAAGAGGAACAACUGCUGGCGGGCCUUCGGAUGGCGGCCACUGCAAACGAGAGUUUAGACAAAGUUAACUUGAAGGACGUAAUCAGGCGUUUAGAGGAUCUGAUGGAUAUCCCUUGUCACCUUGUCCAGGAUCCGAUUCCCGAAAACGAGAAAAUAGUAUUUCACGUCGAUAAAGGCGUUGUGGAUAGUAUCGAGAAUCACUGCAAAAUCGAAGUACCAAGGUUGUCCAACUUUAACCUCCUUCGCGAAGAUCAUCUGCCGCAAGACUACGAGUUAGAGCCCCUGAAGAUUGAAGAAAUACCAAGGAUUUGGGAGAUCUCAUCAAUAAGGAGAAGUUCUCCAACGCCGUCGGUCUCUUCACGUCGUUCCGACAGCAGCGGAGGCCACAUAUUCGCAGGGAGUUCCGAACGUGUCAGAGUGACGCACAUCAACGACCCGACGAACUUUUUCGUUCAGAGGAUGUCCAUGGUCAAGACUUGCGAAGAUCUGCAGACAAUGCUGGAGAAUUAUGCAUCCAGCAGCACCAACGAACCUGCGGAAGUUGUUCAGCACAAACUCUUCGUCGUGCAGCGUCUAGAGGAUCAGAAGUGGUACCGUGGUCGCAUAAACUCCAUAAGCACCAAUGAUGAGGGCAAGCAGUGUUACGAGGUGUUUUAUGUGGACUUCGGUUUUGUGGAGAGUGAAAUCCCUAUUACGAGACUACGAUACAUCACAUCGCAAUUCUCUACAGUGCCGUUCUUGGCCAUAAAAUGUUCCUUGUAUGACAUCGUGCCGAAAGCGGGAAAGUGGAGGCCGGAUGCCAAUAAGUCCAUGUGGAACAUGAUUAGGGGGGAGGACUGCGUAACGAUGCAUAUCAUAAAAAUUAUCGGGCAAGCGUAUUUCGUGGAUCUCUGUAAAAACCCCACAAGAGAUGGAGAUUGCCCUGUAUCUGUUCGCGAUAGUCUCAUCUUCCUCGAACAUGGAUGCUUCGUCACAUCUCAGAAACUACUGAGAACGAAUCCCCAGUCAGUGCGGAAAUUCUUCCGCGAGGAGAUUUCCUUCAAUAAAUUCUGUUCGGUGUUUUGUAUCGAAAUCGAGUCCCCGGAAUGUAUAUACGUGCAGAAAAAAGGCAUCUACGCGCAGUACCUUGAAAAGCUCAUUCUCGACAUGACUGCCCAUUACUCCAAAAGUGUCAACGACAAGAGCGUAAUUCACAUGCCCGAGAUCGGUAUGCCUUGUGCCGUGAAGGACACAGAUGGUUCGUGGGUUCGAGCGAAGAUCUGCAAUACUCCUGGCGAGAGAAUGGUGGAGGUUUUUUACGUAGAUAAUGGACGUAAAGAGGUAUAUAAGUACGAUGAAAUACGGAAACUGCACAACAAGUUCAUGACUAUGACCACUCAGGCUAUAAAGGUUGCCCUAAUGGACGUCAGGCCGUUAUCUCAAAGCGAAGAGAAAUGGCCUCCGGCUGCGAUCGAAUUUUUGAAAUCCCGCCUGGAGAGAUCCAUGAUUAAAAUAUUUCCUUUCGAAAAGAAAGACGAUACUUACAACGUCACGAUCUAUAUCGAGGAAGACGUGAAUGUUAAUGCGAUGCUCGUCAAUAAAGGUCUGGCACGAAGUACAGGGUCUAGGUCUGUGACUGCAGUAGUUCAGGAAGAAACUAGAAAGCCCCGGAAGAAGAAGAACCCGAAGAAAAUGCUGUUACAAACGUUAUCGACACCCAUGGUGUCUUGGGAUGGUAACGACGAGCUCGAGCUCGAGAAAGCCAAAUCCCGAGAUGAUCAAGACCCCUUCAGACUGUGCGUGAAAAUUGCUCAAGUGGAGUCGCCGGAUUGCAUUUACGUAGCCGAUGCCUCGCGCGAACAAUCGAUCGAGAUCAUGAAGGAGGCGAUGCAAGACUUUUACAAUUCGUAUCAAUCGAGCGGCCUAAACGAGUACAAGAAGGAUUCCGCUUACGCGGUUUACUCCGCCAGGGACAAUGCUUAUUGUCGAGCCAAGUUGCUGGAGAUAAAGUCUUCCAAGGAGAUCGUGGUAUUUUUUUACGACAUGGGCAUUACCGAUACCACGUCCAUGCAGAACAUCGAGCCUCUGCAUAAGAAAUUCCUCGACAUCCCGAUGUACCUCUUCAAGGUGAGACUGGCUGGGAUAUUACCCUGCGGAGGCUCGAAUACGUGGACCUCCCACUCGUGCGAAAAACUGAGCGACAUCAUCCAGGAGAAUCAGAAUUGCAAAUUCUUUAUCUCCAAAGUGACGGAGACCGAGGACGCCGAUGCGAUUCCUGUAGAGCUCUUUGUGAAACAAGCCCGGACAGAUGGACCUCUUCUGCCGACCAAGAUCGAAAUCAAUUCAGUCAACAGGAUGCUCGUCGAGUCGGGCGUCGCUCUACCUAUUAAAGAUUACAUGGAGAAGACGGACAAGGUGCUCGCCGUUGAACUGAGGCGUCAAUUGGGUCUUGCCGACCGAAUCCAGGGCGAGACUACCGAAAAUUGGCACCUGAAGGAGCAGGAAUUUGAAAACAUGGCUGAUGUGAUACACGACCUCGCGAUAUUGGGCAAGAAAUGCGAAUCCCUUUCGGAGUCGGAUACCUUGAGCGAUUCAGAAGGUGCAUCACUGAUAGAUGAGAGUCUGCCACCGAAAUUGGCUGCGUGGAUUCCGCCAGCACCGAUCUUGGAUGAUCGGUUUGUCGCCGUAGCGACCUAUCUAGAUCACAACUGCGUCCUCCACCUGCAUUCCGAAGAGCAAAACGGUAGCGUACUGAAGAUGAUAGAAGAAGCUCUGGAGGAACAUUAUAAGAACGUGAAAAUAAAGCCGUACGACAAAGUCUGGAAGGAAGGUGAGAUCUGCGUUGCUCAGUAUCACUGCAACAAGAAGUGGUACAGAGCUCAAGUCCUAAAAGUUCUUCCAAACGACAUGAUUCAGGUUCAAUUCGUGGAUUACGGUAAUAUCGAAGAAUGCGCCGUUGGUACUUUGAAGAAACGGGUAAUAAUGGGGCAUCUACCGAUACAAUGUACAAAAUGUGUCAUCUACGGCCUGGUACCGAACACGGAGGAUGAUAAAUGGUUGACUCAAGAUUUGGAUAAGAUACAUGCACUGUUAGUCGACAAGGAGAGUUUAAUAACAGUACUGGAAAGGAAGCCAGAACAUCUCGUGGUCUCCGUAAUGAUGCUGCAACCUAAGAAACAAGACUUAAUAAGUUAUCUGUUCAAUGAGCUUAACAUGGACGUCCGGAUAGGAAAUUUAAACUCGAGUUCGGAAGCGUCUGUACUUACCGAAUCCGACACAAUUACAACGGACACCCCGGAUGUCAUUGUGGAGGGAUUCGUGAAAGACGAUAAGGCGGAUGAAGAAUCCGAGAAUGGUGAAAAUUUAAUUCUCGAACCCAGUUUGGACGAAGAACUGUUUCUGGUGGAUGAGAGUAAAGAUGAGAAUAUAAACGACAAUGUAGACAAUGAUAUAGUCAGUGCGGCAUCGAGUUCCAUAAAGGAUGCAAGCGCAGAACAUUUGGACGACGAUCAGACAGAGAAGGACAUGGAAAACAUGUCUUGGGUGGAUAUAAUUAGCAUGGAGGAACAACUCGUUACAUCCACGCUUGAAAACGAGUCCUCCGAUUAUCCCUAUCCUUACGCAAGACUGAGUAUACCAAAUAAUUUUAAUCUUGACUUGGAUCCAGUCUUCGUGUUCAGUCCGACUGGUUUUUUCGGAUCCUUUUCGAAGAACAAACAUUCAAAGAUGUUCGAGGCCUAUGUGGAGAAGUUCGAAGAAAUACAUAUCGACAUGCAAAAGAAUUCCGUCGAUCAGCCAUUGUUAAAUACUUUCGAGCCAAAUACUCCAUGCUGUGCGAAAUUCACGCAAGAUGACACUUGGUAUCGAGGAAUUGUGGUUAAUGUCGAAGAAGAUGGGCAGAUUAAGUUGCAAUUUGUUGAUUAUGGUAACGAAGAAUACCAUUUACCAGAAGAGAUACACGUCCUUAAAGAGGAAUGGCAAAAAGUUCCAGUUAUGUGCGCAAAAUGCCGACUGUGGUGUAUUACUUUAGGUCCUGGGCAACAAGUAACUCCUGAAUUGAAGGAACGGUUGACAGAUAUUUUUUAUAAGGGCCCAGUAAAGGCCAAAGUUAAGGAAUCUUGUGAUGAUUUAUUAGAUGUGGAAUUGUAUGCAGAUGAAGAGCGUACGAUGCUUCUUUACGGUACGUUGAUUGAAGAAGGACUGUUCCAAUUGAAAACGACCAAAGCGGAAUAGAUUUUAAAUACUAAAUAAAACGAAACUAUAAAGA